CCUCCCGGCUUGGAGCCAGGCCGCGGCCUGCUGGUGGUUGGGGAGCUGGAGGGAUGAGGCUGGCCCUGCAGAAGCGCUGCUCUUAGAUAACCUAUCAUGUUCCCAGAGGCCCCCUCCUCCUAAAAGGACUUUAGUCCUUGGAGCUGACAGCCGGGAGCCGAGUGGGGACAAGCACGGAGCAGGGCGUGCUGAGCCAGGAAGCAGCGGGCACAGCAGCUGGCUGCCCCCUCGAGAUUGGAGAGCCACACCAUGGAGCCAGGCGGAGCCCAUGUGCGGAGAAGGGGAGGCCUGGGGGGGGAGCAGGAGGAGCGGCCCCCCGGGCAAGGAGACACUGAGACGCACAGAGCCCCAGACUUGGCACAAUGGACGCAACAUAUGGAGGCUGUGAAGAGGCGAUUACUGGAACAAGCAGAGGGACAGCUGCGGGAGCUGCUGGAUCGGGCCAUGUGGGAGGCUGUACAGUCGCACCCGCUGCAAGGCAAACCUCCGCCCUUGGUUCCCCCACACUCCUUGAGCAAGGCACGGGAGCCACCGCCAGGCAAAAGGAAAGUUUUCAUCACCCGCAAGUCCUUGCUUGAUGAGCUGAUGGAGGUGCAGCACUUCCGCACCAUCUACCACAUGUUCAUCGCCGGUCUGUGUGUCUUCAUCAUCAGCGCCCUGGCCAUCGACUUCACCGAUGACGACAGGCUGGUGCUGGAGUUGGACCUACUGAUCUUCAGCUUUGGGCAGCUGCCCCUGGCGCUGGUGACAUGGGUCCCCAUGUUCCUGUCCACCCUGCUGGCGCCCUACCAGGCCCUGCGGCUGUGGGCACGGCCGUGCUCCAGCCGCGCAUGGGCGCUGGGGGCCGGCCUGGGCUGCUCGAUGCUGGCCGCCCACGCAGCCUUGCUGUGCGCGCUCCCGGUGCACGUGGCCGUGAGGCACCAGCUGCCCCCCGCCUCCCGCUGCAUCCUGGUCUUUGAGCAGGUCCGGUUCCUGAUGAAAACCUACUCCUUCCUGAGAGAGUCUGUGCCUGGAAUCCUUUCAUCCAGAGGAGGUGAGGGAACCCAGGCCCCCAGUUUCUCCAGCUACCUCUACUUCCUCUUCUGUCCCACACUCAUCUACAGGGACACGUACCCCAGGACACCCAGCAUCAGGUGGCAUUAUGUGGCCAAGAACUUGGCGCAGGCUCUGGGCUGCGUCCUCUACGCCUGCUUCAUCCUGAGCCGUCUCUGUGUCCCUGUUUUUGCCAACAUGAGCCGAGAGCCCUUCAGCACCCGGACGCUGGUGCUCUCCAUCCUGCACGCCACGUUGCCAGGCAUCUUCAUGCUGUUCCUCAUCUUCUUUGCCUUCCUGCACUGCUGGCUCAACGCCUUCGCCGAGAUGCUACGAUUUGGAGACAGGAUGUUCUACCGGGACUGGUGGAACUCCACGUCUUUCUCCAACUACUACCGCACCUGGAACGUGGUGGUGCAUGACUGGCUAUACAGCUAUGUGUACCAGGACGGGCUGUGGCUCCUUGGUGGCCGGGCCCGAGGCGCAGCCAUGCUGGGCGUGUUCCUUGUCUCUGCCAUGGUCCACGAAUACAUCUUCUGCUUUGUCCUGGGGUUCUUCUACCCUGUGAUGUUCAUGCUCUUCCUCGUCAUCGGAGGGCUGCUGAACUUCACAAUGAAUGACCAGCACACGGGCCCGGCGUGGAACGUGCUGAUGUGGACUCUGCUGUUCCUGGGCCAGGGGAUCCAGGUCAGCCUGUACUGCCAGGAGUGGUACGCACAGCGGCACUGCCCCCUGCCCCAGACAAGCUUCUGGGGGCUGGUGACGCCUCGCUCUUGGUCCUGCCACGCGUGAAGAUCAGGAUGCCCUUACCACAGAUGACACCACCAAGCUCGUCCCGGCCUGCCAUGCCAGGGACCAGGGCUCCUCUCUGCGCUUGUAAACUUGGCUUUGAAUCAAGGGUGAGGGGACCUGCAUGCAAGACCCCAGCCGGGAAUUUCAGGUUCUGGGAGUCUGCGCACCCUGGUGCGCCUGAGCACAGCCUCGGCAUGGGGGUGACCCCCGGGCCCCCAUCCCCAAGGGCUGCUCACAUGAGUGGGAGGCUUGAGGGGCCUUACAGAUUUAGGGAGGGUGGGGGGCACCUGAGAGAAGGGCUCGGUGCUUCACUUUGUACAUCUCCCAGUGCAACAAUAAACUUGCUCUCUUCCUUUUUAUACACUCAUUUGUUAAGACCUGCUCUGGGGCCGGCGCUGUGGUGCAGCGGGUUAAAGCCCCAGCCUGCAGCACCAGCAUCCCAUAUGGGCGCCAGUUCGAGACCCGACUGGUUCACUUCCGAUCCAGCUCUCUGCUAUGGCCUGGGAAAGCAGUAGAAGAUGGCCCAAGUCCUUGGGCCUCUGCACCCACGUGGGAGACCUGGAGGAAGCUUCUUGCUCCUGGCCUCUGAUUGGCGUAGCUCUG